UUUGUUUUUGCCGGUUGCUAUGCAAGAUUUAUUAUUUAUAGAUUUAUAAAAUUAAAAAUAGAUAGCAUAGCUUGCUUUACAAUAUUCAUGCAAACAUUUAAAAUAAAAAGAUUGCUACUAAAACAGUUGUUGGAAUAAUGAGUACAACCAGACAAGUGCUUCAAGUUUUUGAGCAAUAUCAAAAGUCAAGGAUAACGUUUGUUCAGACUGUUGCUGAACUUGCUUCUCGGCCUCAGAAUAUUGAAACUUUACAAAAUGCAGGCAUAAUGGCAUUGUUAAGGCCUUUGCUUCUUGAUGUUGUUCCAUCAAUUCAACAAACUGCUGCCCUAGCACUUGGUAGACUUGCAAAUCAUAAUGAUGACCUAGCUGAGGCUAUUGUUAAAGGAGAUAUCUUACCACAGCUAGUCUGUUCUCUUGCAGAACAAAAUAGGUUCUACAAAAAAACAGCAGCGUUUGUUUUACGAGCUGUUGCAAAACAUUCUCCUCAAUUAGCACAGGCAGUUGUUGAUUGUGGGGCUCUAGAACCUUUAGUAAUCUGUCUUGAAGAAUUUGACCCAGAUGUUAAAGAAGCCGCUUCUUGGGCCUUGGGGUAUAUAGCUCGACACAAUGCAGAAUUAGCUCAAUCAAUUGUUGAUGCUGGAGCUGUUCCACUUCUGAUAUUAAGUAUACAAGAACCAGAAUUGCCUUUAAAAAGGAUUUGUGCAUCUGCACUCAGUGAUAUAUGCAAACAUUCUCCUGAGCUUGCUCAAACAGUAGUUGAUGCUGGAGCCAUUGCCCAUCUUUCUCAGUUGGUCUUAAAUCCAGAUGCUAAACUAAAGAGACAAGUGUUUUCUGCUUUAAGCCAAAUUGCUAAACAUUCAGUAGAUUUAGCAGAGAUGGUUGUUGAAGCUGAAAUUUUCCCAUUUGUUCUUCUGUCUUUGAAAGAUAGUGAUGAAUAUGUAAAAAAAAAUAUUGCGAUGUUAGUCAGAGAAAUUGUAAAGCAUACCCCAGAAUUAGCACAACUUAUUGUGAAUGCCGGCGGAGUUGCUGCAAUUGUUGAUUACAUUGCUGAAACAACUGGUAAUACUCGUUUACCUGGUAUCAUGGCUUUAGGCUACAUUGCUGCUCAUUCAGAAAACCUCUCAAUGGCAGUUAUUGUAUCAAAUGGUGUGAUACAGUUGGCACUUGUCUUAUCUGAGGAAAAAGAGGAUCAUAUUAAGGCUGCUGCAGCUUGGGCUUUAGGUCAAAUUGGAAGGCAUACUCCAGAGCAUGCUAAAUCAGUAGCUAUUGCCAAUGUUUUACCAAAGUUGUUAAAUUACUACUUAUCACCUGAGUCUUCUGAAGACUUGCAGAUUAAAUCCAAGAAAGCAUUAAAGAACAUUUUACAAAGGUGUAUUCAUCUACCAGCACUUGAACCUCUGCUUCACAACGCUCCUUCUAAUAUUCUAAAAUAUGUCGUCAGUCAAUUUUCAAAAGUACUUCCACAUGAUGCAAAGGCAAGAAAGUUAUUUGUUACGAGUGGUGGACUAAAAAAGAUUCAAGAAAUAAAAGUUGAGCCUGGUUCUUCUUUGCAAGAGUAUGUCAAUGAAAUAAAUAACUGUUAUCCUGAAGAAAUUGUCAGAUACUAUUCCCCUGGGUAUUCUCAAAAACUUCUGGAAAGAAUAGAACAAUAUCAACCAUCACUUGAAUAAAUGUUUUUAUUUUGUACUUUAUUUUUCUAUAUUUAUAGAUUUUAA